AUGACGGCGUUCGACGGGUAUAUUGAGGACUACGAUCAAGCGCGGGUGGAGGCACUGAAGGCCAUCGACGAGUAUGCGCGCUGCUCCGAUCCCGCACGGCGAGAGGAGCUAGUCGUGACGGCUAAGACCUGCGUCGAUGAAGUGGAGCGAUACAUUCGCAUUUUGGAGAACGAAGCGAAGAAUGGCUCGACUCCUGCGCAGAAGAGGAAGAUGAUGGAGCAGGUGCGCCACUGCCGAACCAAGUGGACCAGCUUGAAGACCUCCUUGGAGAAGGAGAUGCUCGUGGGCGACGCGCGAGCUGGCAAGUCGCCCGAUUCCUCCAAAGAUGCCAACACGAGAGAUCAAAUGGAGCGUUGUGCUGAGCGCGUGGACAGAACUGGCCGACACCUUGAUGAAGCACAGCGCACACUCGCCCACACGGAAGCAAUUGCGGAGAACGUUGCGAACAACCUGAUGCAGCAGCGCAACCAACUGGAGCACACUGAGCUCAACGUCGCACAAACGCAGGAUGACACGGACGAGGCUAAGAGCCACAUCCGGUCGAUGGCGUUCAAGGCGUGCACCAGUCGCGUCCUGCUGCUUGUGAUCAUGUUGGCGCUCGCCAUCGCCAUCGUGCUGGUCUCGUACUACAAGUGGUACCCACGCAACAAGAAGGACUACCUGGGCAUCCUGCCCGACUCGAGCAACUCGACCUCCUCUUCCAGCAACGGCUAA